UUAUUAUCACAUAGUGUGCCUUUUAGAAGCAGGCCUACCUUAAUUGUUUAGUAGUUUUACUAUCUCUCUACCUAGUACCUAGUAGUAGAAGUCGCAAAUUUGGGUUGAAAUUUGCUUGAAAAUGCUUAUACUACUUGUUCUUUCCACGUUCGCACUAGCUGAUGCUUAUGUAAACAAGCUUAUGGGUGCUGAAUAUAAGGCGGACACAAAAGGGCACAACUUUGAGCCACACGCAUUGAUAACAUUGGCGGACAACGUUGAAUUGACCUGCGUCGAGGAGACAUGGACUCGAACUAGGUCCGGGGGUUUUGGUAAUGACUUUAUGGUUAGAUAUAUGGCAAAACUGACAUAUGCUACUGAAGUAAAUGGAGAGAAAAAAGACGUUUUCGUCGAAUGGUAUGAUGUUGAUGGCUGCGGAACAAAGGAGAAGGCAGAUGAGGCUAUAAUAGGAGUACACCAACGUGUUGCAGGAUCAUCUGAUACAAUCAUAGUGAAAUACCGUACAGUAAACGGCUUGGACUUUGUUAAGAACUCCCAGCUCUACACGCUCAGAGGAGACGCCUACACUCCAGCCAAUCAGUGAAGAAACUGGAUGCCCAAGGUCGCAAUAAACCUUUUUUGAUCGCAA